AUGGGUGCGGCAGAGCGCUUAGCCGUCACAUUCAAGAAAAAUUUCGAAAAGAUGCAGGAAGACUCAUCGUCGGCUAAGCUUCAAAGGAGUUUCUCCGGACCUACCGCCGAACUCCGUGCCUUUCACUCGAAGGAGUCAGAUGCAUUUCUUGGAAGACCUAUCCGAGUCUCAUUCUGUUACAUCAAAGGACAACAAUCGCAACCAGAAGAGGGAGGCCAGUACGAUCGGCAGCGCGACAAGGCAAUUCAAUUUGGCGACUCACUACCAAAUAUCCCGUUAUUACAGAGUCAACGUCAGAAUUCGUCGAACAACCGCAGCCGCCGUGCCCAUUAA